AGAUUGUCAAGUAACGAUUUCUUUUGCACAGGAUUAUUUUGGUGUCUGUUCAGAGGUGAUGAUCAAGGACAAUGUUGUGGUGGUUUAUGAGGUGCUGGAGGAGAUGCUGGACAAUGGCUUUCCAUUGGCAACAGAGUCUAAUAUUCUUAAGGAACUGAUAAAACCUCCCACUAUCCUGCGAACAGUUGUCAACACCAUCACAGGAAGCACUAAUGUGGGUGACCAGCUUCCUACUGGGCAGCUAUCAGUGGUGCCUUGGAGACGUACCGGUGUAAAAUAUACCAACAAUGAGGCGUAUUUUGAUGUGAUUGAGGAGAUAGAUGCAAUCAUUGACAAAUCGGGUUCCACAAUUACUGCUGAAAUUCAAGGGGUGAUUGAUGCUUGUGUCAAGCUGACUGGGAUGCCAGACCUUACCCUCUCCUUUAUGAACCCUCGGUUGUUGGAUGAUGUCAGCUUUCAUCCAUGUGUGCGUUUUAAGCGCUGGGAGUCAGAGAGAAUACUUUCCUUCAUUCCACCUGAUGGAAAUUUUCGCUUGCUCUCCUACCAUGUCAGUGCUCAGAACCUUGUGGCAAUUCCUGUCUACGUUAAACACAACAUCAGUUUCCGUGAUAGCAGCUCACUGGGACGUUUUGAGAUCACACUGGGGCCGAAGCAGACUAUGGGGAAGACUGUAGAGGGAGUGAUGGUCACUAGCCAAAUGCCAAAAAGUGUCUUAAAUAUGACCCUCACACCGUCUCAGGGAACGCAUAUCUUUGAUCCAGUUACAAAGUUGCUGUCAUGGGAUGUGGGAAAAAUAAACCCCCAGAAGCUGCCAAGCCUGAAGGGAAGUGUAAGCCUGCAAGCUGGGACAUCAAAACCAGAUGAAAACCCCACCAUUAACCUGCAGUUUAAAAUUCAGCAGCUGGCUAUAUCUGGACUGAAGGUGAAUCGCUUGGACAUGUAUGGGGAGAAGUACAAGCCCUUCAAGGGGAUAAAAUACAUGACUAAGGCUGGCAAGUUCCAAGUCCGAACCUAGAGGAUCCUGGUAGUGAGGAAGAGCACUUUCCUGUUUCUGCUCUCCCUGGCUGUUGGAUGCAGCCUCUUACCCAUCCAUCUGUUUAGGGUUGCUCCCUUGCCUGUAGUAGCAUGAGCAGGAGAGGCAGUGCUUAUGAUGCUGGGGAGCAGGGAAAAGAAGGUUGACCUGAACCAUCUCAUCCCUAGCUCAGUCUGAAGUAUUUGGAACAGUGGCAGAUGGGAGAGGUGUUCAGGUCCCUUGGGAUUAGUGGGUCAGCUAUCUAAGCUUGUAUCACCUUCAUUUUGCUGUCCUAAAGGAAAUUCUAGGGUUUUACUGCCUUUUGUAACUCUUCUUCCUUAUAUUUUGGUUGGCUUUUAUUCCUUUGUAGAGUGAUACAAAGUUGCAUUUCCACAA